AUGGCUAUCACUCAGCUUGUGCUCUCGGGCCUGUUGGCUGCCACAGUGGUCAACGGCCAAUCAUUUGAUGGAACAUCUCGAAGUGAAUCUGCCUUCAGUUAUGUUCAGCCUAAGAACACUACUAUCCUGGGCGCUUAUGGACACUCCCCUGCUGUUCUUCCCUCGCCCAAUGCUACCGGAUCAGGCGGCUGGGAUGAAGCCUUCUCCAAAGCCCAACAAUUCGUAGCCAAGCUGACUAUUGAAGAGAAGGCUGACAUGGUUACCGGUCAGCCAGGACCAUGCGUGGGAAACAUUGUUGCCAUUCCUCGUCUGGGCUUCCCUGGUCUUUGCUUGCAAGACGGCCCUUUGUCCAUCCGAGUGGCCGACUAUGCUAGUGUCUUUGCCGCUGGUGUCACCGUGGCAUCCACAUGGGACAGAGACCUUCUCUAUAAGCGAGGCUACGCGAUGGGCCAAGAGUUCAAAGCAAAGGGUGCCCAUAUUGCCCUCAGUCCCGUGGCUGGCCCCCUCGGACGCUCUGCCUACGCGGGCCGCAACUGGGAAGGCUUCGCAGCCGACCCUUACCUGACAGGUGUUGCCAUGGAGAGAACCAUUCGUGGUCACCAGGACGCUGGCGUGCAAGCCACAGCGAAGCACUUCAUCGGUAACGAACAAGAGACACAGCGUAACCCUACCUACGACUCCAAUGGCACAAUCACAGACGUCAUUCAGGAGGCCGUGUCCGCCAACAUCGAUGACCGAACCAUGCACGAACUGUACUUGUGGCCGUUUGCCGAUGCGGUCCGUGCCAGAGCCUCCAGCUUCAUGUGCGCGUACCAGCGCUUAAAUGGCUCCUACGCCUGUGAGAAUUCUAAGGCCCUCAAUGGCUUGCUAAAGGAGGAGCUCGGCUUCCAGGGCUACGUUAUGUCUGACUGGGGUGGCACUCAUUCCGGUGUCGCCUCUAUUGAGGGCGGUCUCGACAUGAACAUGCCCGGUGGGCUCGGUCCGUAUGGCAUGAUUCCCGAAGCCGGCUCGUUCUUCGGCAAGAAUGUUACCUAUGCAGUCAACAACGGAACUGUGGAUGAGUCUCGCGUCGAUGAUAUGAUUGUUCGUAUCAUGACACCUUACUAUUGGCUCGGCCAGGACGAGGAUUACCCCGAUGUGGACCCAUCCUCUGCUGACCUCAACACUUUCUCGCCCCGGUCGACCUGGUUGCGCGAGUUUAACCUCACUGGCGAGCGAAGCCGUGAUGUCCGUGGAAACCAUGCCAAGUUGAUCCGCAAGCUCGCAGCUGAGGCAACCGUUCUGCUAAAGAACGAGAACAGUGCCCUGCCUCUGAAAGCCCCUAAGAGCAUCGCUGUCUUUGGUAAUGAUGCUGGUGAGAACACCAUGGGUCCUGUCAACCAAGCGACUUUCGAAUAUGGCACUCUCGGUUCCGGUGGUGGUUCCGGAACUGGACGCUUCACAUAUCUCGUCUCCCCGCUAGAUGCUGUGAAGACUCGCGCAAAGGAGGACAACUCGCUUGUGCAAUACUGGCUGAACAACACCCACAUCGCCACUUCGACCGUCAGUAGCUUCUGGCCCUCCACUCCCGACGUCUGCCUUGUUUUCCUCAAGACCUGGGCCGAAGAAGGUGCGGACCGUGAGCACCUGUCAAUCGACUACGAGGGCAACGACGUGGUCGAGUCCGUCGCUAAGUCUUGCAACAACACUAUCGUUGUCACCCACUCCUCUGGCAUCAAUGUCCUCCCCUUCGCCGGCAACCCCAAUGUCACCGCCAUCCUUGCCGCACACUACCCAGGCCAGGAGUCCGGUAACUCAAUUGUCGACGUUCUCUACGGAGACGUCAACCCUGCCGGACAUCUGCCCUACACUAUCGCCAAGAAUAGCAGCGACUACAACGCCCCGCCUACCACCGAGGUGUCCACCAAGGGCGCUGACGACUGGCAAUCCUGGUUUGACGAGAAGCUCGAAAUCGACUACCGCUACUUCGACGCCCAGAACAUCUCCGUUCAAUACGAAUUUGGCUUCGGUCUCUCAUACACCACCUUCAACGUCUCCGACAUCCAAGCCGAGGCCGUGGUUGACUCUAUCUCCUCUAUUCCCGAGGAGCGGCCCAUCCAGCCCGGCGGAAACCCCGCCCUCUGGGAAACACUCUACGAUGUGACCGUCUCGGUUACCAACUCCGGCGACGUCAAGGGUGCAACAGUUCCCCAGCUGUACGUCACCUUCCCCGACAGUGCUCCUGAGGGAACACCACUCAAGCAGCUUCGCGGCUUUGAGAAGGUAUCCCUCGGACCCGGCGAGUCGCGCGAUGUCAGCUUCGAGCUGAUGCGCAGGGACUUGAGCUACUGGGAUAUCGUCUCGCAGAAGUGGCUCAUCCCUGAGGGUGAAUUCACGCUUCGUGUUGGUUUCAGCAGCAGGGACCUCAAGGAGGUCACCAAAAUUACUCCUGUUUCUGCUUGA